AUUGUUGUAUAAAAAAGGGAAAAGUAAAAGAGAGAGAGAAAGAAACCCUGUUAGACACUCACUUUCUCUUUGUCAAGAAGCCUCUCUGGCCAUGGCUGCCGAUGUUAGCUAUUUGCAUAGAGUUUUAAGCCGGUACAAGGCGGACCGAAUGGCGGGGAAUGAAUCCGGUGGAGCAAAACCAACAGCUUUGAUCGCUAGGGACUUUCUUGGAGUCGGAGGCCGUCGUGGUGGCUCGGCCUUGAUCAAUAUGAAAAAUGAUCAAUUAGAAGAACUUAACCUUGAUGUUCAAGUCCCUAAUGGGUGGGAAAAGCGCCUAGACUUGAAGUCUGGUAAGGUGUACUUGCAAAGCUGCAAUUUAUCAAAUUAUUCACAAUCAUCUGAUGAAACCAAACACCAAAUCAAUCAAACAGUGUCGAAGCUUCAAGAUUUGAACUUCCCACCGUCGUCCUCUAAACCUUUUAUAAAUCUUUUCGACGAGACUAACCUAGAGCUGAAAUUAGUCUCAUCGUCCUCCACCACUUAUCAGAGCGUGUGUACACUCGACAAAGUAAAAUCCGCGCUCGAUAGGGUAGAGAAACAUCCGAUCAAAAGGCGAUCACCAUCUUCCUCCUCCUCCUCAUUGUGGAAGUCAUCCUUGCUGUCGCCUUCGUAUUCUUUGUCUUCGAUCAAAGGUUCACGAGAUGCCGGUGGGGAUCAAGAGAGGUUAUUUGCCUCGCCGGUUGCGGCCGGUUGCCCCGGAUGCUUGUCGUAUGUUAUGAUAAUGAAACAUAACCCUAGAUGUCCCAGGUGCAAUACCGUUGUUCAAUUGCCAGCUUCUAAGAAGCCUCGCAUUGAUCUCAAUAUAUCAAUUUGAGGGGGGCGGAAAUUCAACUUAUUCUAGCUUGAUAUUCAAUGCAUUUACUAUAAUUUUGUAAAAAAGAUAGAUGUAUUAGAAGUGAAUUCUUAGCAGAAACUGAGCAUAUGUUUAUUGGAAAGGGAUGACAAAGAUCAAAAAAGAAAGAUAUGAAUU